CCGCCAAUUCAGCAGCCAUGAAAUGGGCACCACUUCGCCCCUGAACUUCGUCACAAACACACAGGCGAAAUUUCACGGAGCGGGGUUUAGUUUGAUGACACAUGAGAAUGGUAUAGAGGGUAAGAAUCGGAGGAAGGGAGACGAGCCGUGUUACAUUCGAGGGCUGCACUAAGAGCAACUAUCCGCUCCUCAUGAAAAGAUCUAUUAACCAUGUGCUAUCACUUCCCUGAUCGCAUCGCCCUGUAGCAUUGAAUGUAUCAUCAACGUAGCGAGGGGAAUCUUUAAGCUUCGUUCAGGUCGGAGAAAGAAAAGAAACCUGUUUUUCCGACCCGAACGAAGCCUUAGUUCCGAAAACAUGGAUCCCGACUUGGGGAGUGAUAUUCGGAGGGUGUGAAUUUGGUAUUCAACAGUCUCUGGAAUGGUCGAGUGCGAACACCCUUAGGACGUGUCUCGCUGAGAUGCAUAACUCCAUGUGCCAUGAAAAAAAUUCAUCAACGCUUGCAAGAUACGCAAGCGCGAGUGUCCUGUGAUUUCAGAAAUCUGCACAAGGGAAUCCAGGCAAGUGCAAGGCUAGACCGCCGGAGAUCACGCAAGGUUAUCCUGGCGCCUCCUGGGACCAGGCCGUUGGGGACUGCAAUCGUAUGGGGGGUACAACACACGAGCGAAACAGAAGCGGUGAACCAUUCUCCGAUUGAUGAGUUUCGAACUCCAUCAAAGGGUGUUAAAAUUGGCACAACCAAUCUCACGUAUGAAGGCCGCCAAAGGCAAAGCUCGAGUCCCUACCGACCGCCAGGCGCGAGUCCGGGAUGGCCAACGAAUCACCAUGACCAUAGUGACGACUCCGACACACCAUGCAACUUGGUGUUGAUACUGCACAUCUGGUGGGAUGGCUACCACCAGUGGUUGAGUACCGCCAUAAGGGACUCCGCGGACUCAUAAUUCAUAUUCUAGUGGUUGCGGCGAGCGCUUGUAGUUGGAACAACUCCCCUCGAAUGAUA